UGAAAAAAAAUCCAAACCGAAUGGAUAAUUAUAUGAUCAAACCGAAGGGAUUGGAUCAGAUGAUUUUUGCUUCCAAAACCGAUCCAAUCCAGACCGCGAACACCCCUAUUCAGAAUCAUCGAAUAAUCUGAUGCUCUUUAUCAUAUCAUCAAUUUUUUUUUCCUUUUUUACCAUUGUGAUAUUUUCUUUUUUUCAAUUUUAUUUCUCCAUUUACACUGGUCCCCACCACUCCACUAUAAAUAAUCUCCCCGGUUUAAUCCUUUUCGCAAAAAGAAAAGAAAAGAAAAGUUCCCACCGUUUGUCUCUGGAGAACGAAACCCUAAUCCUUAACUGUGUGUAUUUGGCGGUACCCCUCUUUCAGUUGGAACAAACCAAGUUGAACGUAACAAACCAAGUUGAACCUCACUACCACUCUCUCUCUCUCUAUAUCUCUGUGUUUCUCUCUCUAUCUCUGCAAUGACGAAGAAGAAGGAGAGGAAAGUGAACGUCUCGGGAAAACCGAAGCAUUCACUCGACGUGAAUCGCAGCAAUGACACGAAGAAGGAGUCACGCUCCGCCGCCACCGUGCGCCGCCUCAAGAUGUACAACACGAGGCCAGUUCGCGACCGCAAGGGAAAGGUUUUGACCAACGAAUAUCAGUCUAAGGAGCUUCCCAGCACGCGAAUCCAACCUGAUCGCCGUUGGUUCGGGAACACUCGGGUUGUGAAUCAGAAAGAGCUUGAGUUCUUCAGAGAAGAGCUGCAGAGCCGCAUGUCGAGUAAUUACAAUGUUAUUCUGAAGGAGAAGAAAUUGCCACUGUCACUCCUCAACGACCACCAAAAGCAAUCAAGGGUUCACCUUCUUGAUAGACAGCCUUUUGAGGAUGCAUUUGGACCUAAGACUAAAAGAAAGCGCCCCAACCUCUUGGCGGCUGAUUAUGAGUCCUUAGUUAAGAAAGCUGAUGGUUCUCAAGGUAAAACUGCUUCUCUAUAAUUUAGUACU